ACCGAUCGAUACGAGUCCAUUGGGUAAAUGUCCAAUUACCUUUGAAUCUCAGACAUCAGAAUUCCACCCCACUACCACCUCAGAUUCGGUGGAACAUUAAACUUGGAUUAUGGUUGUUGGGGACAGUAAAAGGUGAUGGACAUCAGUUAUGGUGUUUUUGUGGUGAGCGUGAGGAGUACAAUGAGAUUCAGGAAGCUUGGAACUACAUUUUAUUUCGAUGAACAAUGGUUGGUAAAAGGUGGAAAAGGAAAAGAAGAUGCAUGAAGCAUAAAACUUUUUCUUUAUAGUUAUAUUGCUUACCUUUGUUGCUUAGUUACGCAACGAAGCAAAGUAGGUACCGGUAACUUCCUUCAAAAUGGUGCUGCGCGGUCUAUGGAACAGAGCUUGAUUGCUAUCACACACACACACACACACACGGAUGGGGAGUGUGGCGAGAAUGACGAAGCCUUAUCGGGCAGCCAUCCAGAAAGAAUGGAAGAAGAUGCAAGAUUUCUACGAGAAUAAUUAUGAAUGCUUUGGUUUUCCUCUGUCGACCGUCACUCAGGACUCUGUGUUUCAUAUUGCUGUGCACAGCAGAAACGUGGAGCUGCUCAAGGAUUUGCUAGAGAUUAAUGCAGAAGCACUUAGAUUUCCAAAUUUAACGGGAAACACAGCACUUCACGAGGCGGCUGCUUAUGGAAAUGUUAAAAUGGCAAAACUCCUAAUUAUGUAUGACGAAAAAGAAACUCGUGAAUCUGGUGACCAACGGGCAGUUGAUAUAAACAAUCGCAUUGGCGAAACUCCUUUGUUUAGGGCAGCUGCAUUUGGUAGGACAGAAAUGGUUGAGUUUUUAGCCAAAAAAGUUGGGGACGACUACAAGAGUUUUCACCGCAGGCGGAAUGACGGCAUGACCAUUCUUCAUAUGGCUGUCCUCAGCGGAUGCUUUGAUACAGCUCUGAAGGUGCUAGAAUGGGAGGAUAUGCUUGGAGACUGGGUGGACGAGAAUGGCAUGACAUGUCUUCAGCUGCUGGCUAACAUGCCAUCUGCUUUCAAGAGCGGUUAUCCCAUGAACAUAUUGAAGCGGCUGCUCUAUCUCUGCCUUCCAGAUGAAGACAAAUUUGGUGUCGGAACACCGGUUACUCCAAGUGGAAGAGAAGAAUCGGAAUCUGGCCGUUGCAGGAGUUCCCCUGGCAGAUUCAGCAGCUUGAAUGCCUGUAUAGCCACUUCAUGGAUUUGUAUGUGGAAGUGUAUAGCUCAAGAAUUCCCAGACAUUAGAGAGCUGUGGACCAUAAAAAGCCAGCACAAAAGAGCGGUUGAGUUUGUUAAACGUCUUGCUACAAGGGACCUGACAUGGAUGAGAAUAAAAGUGGGAGAAAAUCCUGAAAAUCCUGAACAACUCAAUAUAUUUGACCAGAAGGGGAGUUCAGACUCAGCGGAAGCAUCUAUAUCCCGCCCUCAAGAUCCAGAAGAGCAUACAGGGAUUACGACUCGAGACACUACAUCACUUUCUGAGGCUCCACUAAUUUCAGCUGCAAGAAAUGGGAUCACUGAGAUCGUAGAGGUCAUUCUGCAACUGUAUCCUCAGGCAAUUGAACACAAAAAUGACAAAGGUGAGAAUAUACUUCAUGUUGUAGCAAGACAUGGAAGGAAAGAAAUCAUGCAUCUUCUCCAACAUUCGCAUGCUCUGAGACCAAGGCUUAGGAGGACGAUCAACAAGAAUGGUGACAGCAUUUUGCAUCAAGCUGCAUAUUUUCGAGAGCAUCAGCUGACUGACAGGCCUGGGGAAGCUCUUUUAAUGCAGUCAGAGAUACAAUGGUUUAAGCAAGUGCAGAAAAUUGUACCUCCGUAUUUCAUCAACCACCGUAAUAAAAAAGAUCAGACCGCUGAAGAAUUGUUCACGGAGCAACAUCAGGACUUGGUACAGAAGGGCCGAAGAUGGAUAGAUCAAACAACAAAAGCAUGCACUAUAGUUGCUGUCCUAAUAGCCACCGUUGCUUUUACCUGUGCAUACACCAUCCCCGGCGGUUCGAACUCAAAAACAGGCCAUCCAUUGCUCCUUGAGGAAACUCCAUUUCGCACCUUCGCAGUCUCAGACACGAUAUCACUCUGUUUCUCCCUGACUUCCGUGGUAGUUUUCCUAUCCAUUAUGACAUCGAGAAUGCACGAACGAGAUUUCCGGAGGUCUCUUCCGUUGAAGAUCGCAAUCGGCCUAAGUACAUUGUUCUUUUCCGUGACGGCCAUGAUGGUUGCUUUUGCUGCUACCCUCGUGCUUAUGAUACAACAGAGGCUACAUUGGGCUGCAAUCCCAAUUUAUUCAUUGGCAUGUUUCCCGGUCACUAUUUUCCUUGUUCUCCAGUUCCCACUCUAUCUCAAUAUUGUUUGGUUUACCGUGAGUGAUCUUCUGCAUAGUUUCAUUGACUUGCUUCCUUCUGGAACAAGUACGGUUCGGAACCCGCUGCGCUAGGACUUGGGGGUUGUUACUUCCCGUCUGUUUUCCCGACAGGUCCGUAUUUGGCUUUUGUUUGUUUGUCUGUUUGUUUUUUUUUUUUUGGGUGAAAAAAAAUGUAUUUUGAGUGUGUUUCUUAGAUUUUAUGCCCUUUAUCUUCUCUUUUCGUAAUAUGUAUUGUGCGAUGAAUAGUGUAAAACAUUAAAUACAACACUCCAAAUAAAUAUUAUUUACAUUUCUUCAUUUAA